CGGACGGGAUCGCAUACAUAAUCAUCUUCGGCGCUCUCUUCUCUUCCACCCUCGCCCGUACCCAUCACAUAUAUUCUCCGCAGCGCGCCCCAGCACACACACACAUACAUCCGAUGCCCUGCUCCCUCGCAUCGAUGUCUGCAACGUCUUGCUCGAGGAGCGUGUGCCAGUAACCGCCAGCCUCGUUGCCGCCCGUCGCAGCCCGUCCGUCACUGCCCCAACGGCCCUCGAAUAGAACGAUCGACACACCCAUCCAGCACUCCUCAUAAAGUCAACCCUCCACGCUCAUCGACUUCGCAACGUCGACCUAUCGACGUGCAAUCAACAACACACUCCCACCACAAUGCCUCUCAACUGCUUCCGCUCAUCGCGGGGCAACAGCAUCGAGCUCGACGACGACCGACCGCGACCAGUGCUGCACACCAAGAAAUCCCUCCGCAUCCGCCGACAAGCCAGCGGCGGCUCGACCAUCAGCGCCGUCUCGACCACCUCCAAUGCCAGCAUCAGCCAACUCCCCCGCUGCUCCCGCGCCUCCGAUCCCAAAAUCGAGGCCAUGAUGAUGCCCGUGCCGCUCGACGCGCGCCCCUCGCGCUGCCUGCGCAUCAGCCACCCGCGCAUCUACGGGAACCUAGUGGCCGACAUGAAGGCGUGCAAGGGGUGUCGCGACUGGCGCAACUUCCCCGUUUUCGGCGCCGACGACGUCGAUAUGAACAUGUCGGCGGACGAGUACGCGCGGAAGAAGGCGAUCGAGUAUCAGCGCAAGGUCUUUACGCUCGGCGACAGCUUCGACAGCGUAUCGCCGUCGUCGUCGCCCACGUCGGCCAUGUCGGAUCGGUCGGUGUCGGUGGAUAUGAUCGGAUGAAGGACAAUCUCGACAAUCUACCGACUACCCAAAUAACCGCCUCAACCUCGUCGACGAUGACAUUGCCGUCCACAAGAUGGACAACGGACUACACUCUAACCCGUCCGUUUACAAUGCCGUCGAGGGAUCCAUCCAAGGCCAUCUUCCGCAACCUACACCAACUCAAACCAUCCACUACAAUUGCAAGCGUUCCAGCAAGGCGUCACCCGGGAGGAAAACAAGGCGAACUCUAGAGCAGAGUAUCCCUUGGAAAUGAUUUUGAUAGCGUUUUGGAUUCCCAGUACCUACCUACCUACCUACAGUACAGAGAGCAAUGGCACUCAUCCUGCUACACACACACACACACACACACACACACACACACAC